AUGAAAAGGCAAAACCAAAGCUCUGUGGUUGAAUUCAUCCUCUCGGGCUUUUCUAAUUUUCCUGAACUCCAAGGGCAGCUCUUUGGGGUUUUCUUGGUUGAUUACCUGGUGACUCUGAUGGGAAAUGCCAUCAUUAUAGUCAUCAUUUCCCUGGAACAGAGCUUAUACGUUCCCAUGUAUUUGUUUCUCCUGAACUUGUCUGUGGUGUAUGUGAGUUUCAGUGCAGUCAUUAUGCCUGAAAUGCUGGUGGCCCUCUCCAAUGAAAAAAGUAUGAUCACCUUUGCAGGCUGUUUUGCACAGACGUAUUUCAUUCUUCUUUUUGGUGGGACCGAAUGUUUUCUCCUGGGGGCAAUGGCUUAUGACCAAUUUGCUGCAAUCUGCCGUCCUCUGAGCUACCCAAUGAUUAUGAACAAAGUUUUCAUGAAAUUAGUUAUAUUCUCAUGGGUCUCAGGGAUCAUGGUGGCUACUGUGCAGACCUCAUGGGUUUUUAGUUUUCCCUUCUGUGGCCCCAAUGAAAUUAAUCAUCUUUUCUGUGAGACUCCCCCAAGGCUAGAGCUUGCAUGUGCAGACAUCCUUUUAUUUGAAAUCUAUGCAUUCACUGGCACCGUUUUGAUUGUUAUGCUUCCUUUCUUGUUGAUACUCCUGUCUUACAUUCCAAUCCUCUCUGCCAUCCUGAAGAUGUCAUCAACCACUGGGAGGCAAAAGGCCUUUUCCACCUGUGCCUCCUAUUUCAUGUCUGUUACCCUCUUCUGUGGCACAGCCAGUAUGACUUACUUACAACCCAAAUCUGGCUACUCCCCAGAAACCAAGAAGCUGAUGUCCUUGUCUUACUCACUUUUAACGCCUCUGCUGAAUCCACUGAUCUACAAUUUGAGAAACAGUGAGCUGAAAAGAGCUUUGAUGAAAUUAUGGCUAAGAAAAGUGGAUUUAUAUACAUUCUGA